CUGUACUUUUGUGAAGAUUUUAUUUAAAUUCCUUAUUGAUCAGUGCUUAUAAGGUGAUUUGGAAUAACCAUGUAAAAACAAUAUACAACGAAAGUAAGCUAAAAAUCUAUAUACAAUUCCUAGAAAGGAAAAGGCAAAUAUAGAGAGUGGCGGAAGUUCCCAACAUUUCUAGUGUUUUCCUUUUGAGGCAGAGAGGGGAUUGGCAUUAGGCUAUUGGAGGAUUUUGAAAGGAUGCUGUUAUCCUUCUGUGGACAAAAACAACAACAUAUUAACAGUUAAACGUGGAGACAUUUCAGGGGGAUCUUUCAGAAGAUACAUUUCUAAUUUUGGGGGGGAGUCAGCUCUUCACCAGAGACCCGAAUACAGCAAAUCAAGUCGCCUGCCCUGGCAACACUUUCAAAAGACUGGAGUGGGAAUCAGAGCUUCACGGGUUAAAAAGCCGAUGUCACAUCAGCCGUUCGAAACUCCUCCUCUCACAGUGAGGUGAAGACAUUUGAAAAUCACCCCACUGCAAACUCCUCCCCCUGCUAGAAACCUCACGUUGAAAUGCUGUAAAUGACGUGGGCCCCCGAGUGCAAUCGCGGGAAGCCAGAGUUUCCAGCGAGGACACAGCGGGUCCUGAUCCGGGUCGGGACACUUUCUGGCAGAAGCAGCGAGCAUGGGGCCCUGGGGCUGGAAACUGCGCUGGACCGUCGCCUUCCUCCUCGCCGCGGCGGAGGCUGCAGUGGGCGACAGAUGUGAAAGAAACGAGUUCCAGUGCGAAGACGGGAAAUGCAUCUCCUACAAGUGGGUCUGCGAUGGCACCGCUGAGUGCCAGGAUGGCUCUGAUGAGUCCCAAGAGACGUGCUUGUCUGUCACCUGCAAAUCCGGGGACUUCAGCUGCGGGGGCCGUGUCAACCGCUGCAUUCCUCAGUUCUGGAGGUGUGAUGGCGAAGUGGACUGUGAGAACGGAUCAGAUGAGCAAGACUGUCCCCCCAAGACGUGCUCCCAGGACGAGUUUCGCUGCCACGAUGGGAAAUGCAUCUACCGGCAGUUCGUCUGUGACUCAGACCGGGACUGCUUGGACGGCUCGGACGAGGCCUCCUGCCCGGUGCUUACCUGCGGCCCCGCCAGCUUCCAGUGUAACAGCUCCACCUGCAUCCCCCAGCUGUGGGCCUGCGACAACGACCCCGACUGCGAAGAUGGCUCGGAUGAGUGGCCUCAGCACUGUCAGGGUCUUGAAGUGCCCAAAAGGGACAGUAGCCCCUGCUCGGCCUUCGAGUUCCACUGUCGAAGUGGCGAGUGCAUCCACUCUGGCUGGCGCUGUGAUGGAGGCCCCGACUGCAAGGACAAGUCUGACGAGGAGAAUUGCCCUGUGGCCACCUGUCGCCCUGACGAAUUCCAGUGCUCUGAUGGAACUUGCAUCCAUGGCAGCCGGCAGUGUGACCGGGAAUAUGACUGCAAGGACAUGAGCGAUGAAGUUGGCUGCAUUAACGUGACACUCUGCGAGGGGCCCAACAAGUUCAAGUGUCACAGCGGCGAAUGCAUCAGCCUGGACAAAGUCUGCAACAUGGCUAGAGACUGCCGGGACUGGUCAGAUGAACCCAUCAAGGAGUGUGGGACCAACGAAUGCUUGGACAACAACGGUGGCUGUUCCCACAUCUGCAACGACCUUAAGAUCGGCUACGAAUGCCUGUGUCCCGACGGCUUCCAGCUGGUGGCCCAGCGAAGAUGCGAAGAUAUCGAUGAGUGUCAGGAUCCCGACACCUGCAGCCAGCUCUGCGUGAACCUGGAGGGGAGCUACAAGUGCCAGUGUGAGGAAGGCUUCCAGCUGGACCCCCACACCAAGGCCUGCAAAGCUGUGGGCUCCAUCGCCUACCUCAUCUUCACCAACCGGCACGAGGUCAGGAAGAUGACGCUGGACCGGAGUGAGUACACCAGCCUCAUCCCCAACCUGAGGAAUGUGGUCGCUCUGGACACGGAGGUGGCCAGCAAUAGAAUCUAUUGGUCCGACCUGUCCCAGAGAAUGAUCUACAGCACCCAGCUUGACAGAGCCCACAGCGUCUCCUCCUACGACACCGUCAUCAGCAGGGACCUCCAGGCCCCCGACGGGCUGGCUGUGGACUGGAUCCACAGCAACAUCUACUGGACCGACUCUGUCCUGGGCACUGUCUCCGUUGCGGAUACCAAGGGUGUGAAGAGGAAAACGUUAUUCAGAGAGAACGGCUCUAAGCCAAGGGCCAUCGUGGUGGAUCCUGUUCAUGGCUUCAUGUACUGGACUGACUGGGGAACUCCCGCCAAGAUCAAGAAAGGGGGCCUGAACGGUGUGGACAUCUACUCGCUGGUGACUGAAAACAUUGAGUGGCCCAAUGGCAUCACGCUAGAUUUCCCCAGUGGCCGCCUCUACUGGGUUGACUCUAAACUUCACUCCAUCUCAAGCAUCGACGUCAACGGGGGCAACCGGAAGACCAUCUUGGAGGACAAAGAGAGGCUGGCCCACCCCUUCUCCUUGGCCAUCUUUGAGGACAAAGUAUUUUGGACAGAUAUCAUCAACGAAGCCAUUUUCAGUGCCAACCGCCUCACAGGUUCUGAUAUCAAUUUGUUGGCCGAAAACCUACUGUCCCCAGAGGAUAUGGUCCUCUUCCACAACCUCACCCAGCCAAGAGGAGUGAACUGGUGUGAGAUGACCACGCUGAGCAAUGGCGGCUGCCAGUAUCUGUGCCUACCUGCCCCACAGAUCAACCCCCAGUCGCCCAAGUUUACCUGCACCUGCCCGGACGGCAUGCUGCUGGCCAAGGACAUGAGGAGCUGCCUCACAGCUCUGGGCGACGUUGCUGGCAGAGGAAAUGAGAAGAAACCCAAGAGCGUGGGGGCUCUGUCCAUCGUCCUCCCCACUGUGCUCCUCGUCUUCCUCUGCUUGGGGGCCUUCCUCCUCUGGAAGAACUGGCGGCUGAAGAGCAUCAACAGCAUCAACUUUGACAACCCUGUCUAUCAGAAGACCACAGAGGAUGAGGUCCACAUUUGCCGCAACCAGGACGGCUACAGCUACCCCUCGAGACAGAUGGUCAGUCUGGAGGAUGACGUGGCGUGAACAUCUGCCUGGAGUCCCUGGAGUCCGUCCCUGCCCAGAACGCUUCCUGAGACCUCGCCGGCCUCGUUUUAGUCAAAGACAGAGAAGACCAAAGCAUUGCCUGCCAGAGCUUUGUUUUAUAUAUUUAUUCAUCUGGGAGGCAGAACAGGCUUCGGACAGUGUCCAUGCAGUGGCUUGGGCUGGGAUUUUUGCUUUCUUUACUUGUGAAGGAGGAGAGAAACAGGCCCAGGGGCACCAGGAUGACAUGUCCAUUUGGAAGUUUUGAGUUUCUCUCCACUGUGACACAAUCCUCAAACGUGAAAGAUGAAAGGGCAGGGGAUGUCAGGUCCAGAGAAGCAAGUGGCUUUCAACACACGACAGCAGAUGUCACCAACGGGACCCCUGGCCCUGCCUCGUCCACCAGUCUCUAAGCCGAACCCUUAAACUCAGGAGUCAACGUGUUUACCUCUUCUACGCAAGCCUUGCUCAACAGCCAAGUUAGCCUUUGCCCUGUCACCCCCGAAUCAGGACCCACCCGGUGUCUUUCAAGCUGGGCUUGUACCUUCCUCAAACCAGGAAAGGGAUUCAUGGCGUCGGAACUGAUCUGGCUGAAUCCGUGGUGGCACUGAGACCAAACUCAUUCACCAAAUGAUGCCACUUCCCAGAGGGAGAGCCUGAGUCUCUGGUCACCCUUAAUAUUUAUUAAGUGCCUGAGACACCCGGUUACCUUGGCCAUGAGGACACGUGGCCUGCACCCAGGUGUGGCUGUCAGGACGCCAGCCUGGUGCCCAUCCUCCCCACCCCUACCCACUUCCAUUCCUGUGGUCUCCUUGCACUUUCUCAGUUCAGAGUUGUACAUUGUGUAAAUUCAGCAUCUGUGUUGUUUUGCACUGUUUUCUGUCGUGUGUGUUGGGAUGGGAUCCCAGGCCAGGGAAAGCCCGUGUCAAUGAAUGCCAGAGACAGAGAGGGGCAGGUUGACCGGGAUUUCAAAGCCGUGAUGGUGAAUAUUGAGAACUGCCAUUGUCUUCUUUAUGUCUGCUCACCUAGUGCCUCCACUACUAUGCAAAUGCCUCCAAGCCAUUCACAUCCCCGAUCUUGUCAUUGAUGGGUAUGUGUUUAAAACAUGCAUGGUAAGGCCAGGUGCAAUGGCUCAUGCCUGUAAUCCCAGCACUUUGGGAGGCCCAGGAGGGCGGAUCAUCUGAGGUUAGGAGUUCGAGACCAGCCUGGCCAACAUGGUGAAACUCUGUCUCUAC